CCCCCCCCCCCCCCGAGAUGACACAACCAGAGAGACUACGCAGACUAUGGAGCAUCCCAAGACACGGGUGCGUGUAGUUCGUGACCGCCGCACUCAACAGCCGAACCAACCACAAAACCAUUACCCUCUUCCGGCUUCUCUUUCAAAACAUUCAUCACCUCCUUCCCAUUGCCACGACAUGGUAAGCACCAACCAAGCACUCAUCCGAUCCCAACCACAACAAUAAAAACAACAACAUAGACCACAUGCCCAAGUACCACAUCAGCACCCAUUCCUUCCCUUGCUGCAAGCUCACCUUUUGUGGAUCAUCCCCAUGCAAUUGUGGUGGCAAUUCAGGUCGUCGGAAACAACGCAUUUAGAGUCUCUGCACCCCGACUAAUAUUCCAUUACGCCUCUCUCUCUUUUUUUCCUCUUCCCUCCCUCUAUGAGCCAGUCUUCUACAAACUACAACCUACCGGACGACUGGGAGUUGCGUUGGUCUCGUUCGCGUAACCUUCCUUACUUCUACAAUCGAGUCAGCGCCGAGUCUCGCUGGCAAGCACCCGAGGGCGUCGACCCCAGUGUCGUCCUCGCCUUCCAAAAGGAUUACCAGAGUCAGCAUGGACAGCAACCGGAAGAUGGCAGUGCUGCACAAUCGGACGAUUCACCCAGGCGUGUUAGGGUCUCACAUCUGCUGGUCAAGCACGUAGAGUCGCGUCGCCCCAGCUCCUGGAGAGAGGAUCAAAUUACAAGAACCAAGGACGAGGCAUUGCAGCGACUCCAAGGGUUUGAGACGAAGAUCAAGGCUGGCGAAGCCAGUCUGGGAGAUUUGGCCGCCACAGAGUCCGACUGCUCCUCAGCCAAAAAGUCUGGCGACCUCGGAUUCUUUGAGCGUGGACAGAUGCAGCCGCAGUUUGAGAAGGCCUCCUUUGCACUCAAGGUCGGGGAAAUGAGCGAACCUGUCUGGACAGAUUCCGGCGUCCAUCUUAUCUUGCGCACUGGUUAAAAACUACAGUCGUCGACAGACUUCAAUGAUCGAUAUCAUCGUGAACCAUCUUAUCAUCUUCCUCCCCUUCCUCCCUCCUCGAUCAAUGCGACCUUUAGGGAUUAAAAAAAAGAUAUGCACCAACACAAAACACAAAACACAAAACACUCACAGCAAAGGAAGGAUCGGAACCAGAGCAAAAGCAAUAAACACACGCUAAAGCAUCUACAUUGGAAU